AUGGUUAGCGCCUGGUCUUUGGAUAGCAGUUCGUUGAUCAAAGCUUUUUGGAAGGCGGGCAUUGUUAACAUUUUGUGGAAAAUAUGGGAUUGUCGUAAUCAUGUUAUUUUUGAUGAUUUGGAGUUUAAUAUCAUUAUGAUUAGAAGUUUUAUCAAGGUGAGUUUUAGAGAGAUGGAUCGGCACUUCAAGAAGUUGGGUAACUCCAAUAAUACCUGGUCGGAUUAUCUCAUUUUGCGUUCUAUUGGUGUGGCUACUCGCGCUAAGCCUCCGCCGACUAUGAUUGAGGUUUAUUGGUGGCCUCCGGCUGUUAGUUGGAUGAAGGUCAACACGGAUGGUUCGGCUCAUGGGGCGCCGGGGAGUAUUGCAGCUGGUGGGGUUUUUAGAGACAGCUGGGGUUGGGUCCGAGGCUAUUUUCACUUUAAGGGUGGGCGAGGUUUCGCUUUCGAAGCUGAGCUUCUGGCCGUGAUCCAUGCAAUCUCGAUUGCCCAUAAUCGAGGUUGGUUUUCUUUAUGGGUGGAAGCUGAUUCUGAGUAUGUGGUUCGGCUUCUCCAGGCGAGAAGCAUGGACGUUCCUUGGCGUUUCAUGGGACUUUGGAAGCAAGCGAUUAUGAAAAUUUCUGACUUCAAUUUGCAGGUGUUGCAUAUUUACCGUGAAGGAAAUAGGGCAGCGGACAUCAUGGCAAAUCAAGACCGCGAAGAGGGGUGGUGGCCUUUUGCCAUUGAGGAGAUAAAGUUGGCGACCAACUUGGAUAUGGCGACGCAUAGUGCGAUUCGCAUCAAGAAUUAA